AUGGGAGGCAGUCAGGAGCAAGCAGCUCUUGCGUUGGAGCUCUUUGAGAUGCGGCGAGAUCUAAUGAGUCGAAUUUCAGAGGAUCUUGUCAAGGAGAAGAAGCAGCUGGACGUUGAAGUUGGCAACACGGAAGCACUAGCAAAUGAAGGCUUUGGUAUUGGCAAUAGCGCAGCGACGGAGAAAGAUGCGUUGGCGUCGUGGGAUACGCAACUCUAUAUAUCCUUUUCACCUGAAGCCUUGCAGGAACUUCAAAAAGAGAAGCACCAGAGACUCGCAGCUAAAAGUCGACACUCUCCACGAGCACCGUCACCAACACGGACCAGUAGUGACCUGAAGUCUGAAAUGUUGCUCGAAGAUACACACUUCGCAAUGCAAAAGCUGAAGCGAGAGGUGGCUGAGUUGAAAACCACCAACUCGAAGCUGAUGUUGACGAACUCGCAACUGGAAGACGACCUCGCACAUUUACAAGCCAAAUUCGAAGAGGAAAAAAGAGCUCACGUAAACGGGAAGAAGUGGUUUCUACCAAAGAUCCAGAAGGUGGAGUUUGUACCUUCCGGCUGA